GGCCGCCGUCCUGCCCGCAUCCAACAUGGCGGCCGGGCGGCGUCAACCGGAGCCGUGACGCUUUUCCGGYAGAUCCCGUGACACGGUUCUAAUCGCGGCGGCGGCGGCGGCCCGUGGCGAUGCGGGGCUCGGGCGGGACCCAGGAGCGGGACGGGCCCGGCCUGGGCGGCUUCGGCUUCGGAGCUGCCCCCGCUGCCUGCCCCUGGGGCUGCACCCCCGGUCCCGCUGGCUGGAGCGGUGCGCCGUUCUGCCCCCGGCACCGCAUGUCCAGCCUCGCCGACCUCCCGGUGCCGCCGCAGGGCCCCUCCCAGACAGCGAUGGAGUACAUGAUGGGAGAGAUGUGUCUGCUUUGGGAUGGCGGCCCCAGCGUGGAUUACUAUCAACUGGGGGAUGACGAUGACGAUGSCAAUGAUGAUUACAAUUACGACGAGGACGGGUUCGACAUAGAUUAUGAAGGUGGGGUGGAUUACUGGGACGUUCCCGUCGCGGAGGGGUCCAUUCCSUACAGCUACUGCGGCUUCCGCAAGUCCUUCCUGUCCUCGGAGCCUCCCCGGACCUCUCCCACMGCCCUGGAUGCGCGGCUGGACCGGCUGCCCACACCCUGCCGGGCCCCGCUCACGGCAGAAGAAGCCGAGAGGAAUGCGCAGGAGCUGGUGGAGGAGGRGGAGCGGGCAAAAAAGAAAGCGGAGAAGAAAAAGCAGAAAAAGAAGAAGCAAAAAGACCGAAAGAAACGUGAGAAACUGGGUCAAGAGCUAAAGAACAAAGAGAACACUGAUCCGAGCCCCCUGAGUGGCCCUGUGGGCACUGGGCCCCCACCCAAUGGCRCUGAGAAGGAGGGAUGCUGCCCCAARCCCUYCCYGUGCCCUGGGGACUCCACAGCCCUCCCGGGAGAGCCUGGGCUGGAGGACACGGAGGUGACAGAGGAGGAGCUGGACCUGAGCUGCAGCUUUGUCUGCAAAGCRCGGGAGAAGGCGGGGGUCCGGCUGCCCCCUCCGGGCAGUGACCGGUCCCCUGGGACACAGAACAUGGAGCCAGGCAGGAGGGUUCCAGAAAAGGAGAAGGGGAGCCCUGGGGAGAGGCAGAGAUCUGUCCCCCCCCAGCCCCUCCAACCCAGGGUCCCCAGCCCCAGCACGCUGGCACAGAGCCUGGCGCUCGCAGGCCAUGGCAUCGCGGCGGCCCAGUUAGGCCAACACACCGAGGCUGUUUGGGCUUUCACUCUCGCCCUGGAGCUGAAUCCCCAUGAGCACCGGCUCCURGGGAACCGCUCGUACUGCCUGGAGAAGCUGGCUCGGUACGAGGAGGCGCUGGCGGAUGCGGAGGCGGCGCUGGAGCUGCAGCCGGGCUGGCCCAAGGGCUCUUUCCGCAAGGGCAAGGCCCUGCGGGGGCUUCAGCGCUACGCCGAGGCCGCGCGCAUCUUCGAGGAGCUGCUGCUGCAGGACGGGGCCUAUGCUGAGGCAGCCACGCAGCUGGAGGCCUGCCGGGCCCUGCUGCAGCAGUGCAGCCGCCCUGGCGGUGUCCCCGUGUCCCCCUUCCUGCUCAAGGCUAAGGAGCCACUGUUUCUCCCUGCGGGAUGGGCGACCAGCUGUCAGGACACAGGUGACACAAGUGUGACGGGAGGCAGCGCCAGGACCCCCACAAAAAGCCCAGAACAGGGACCAGCAGUGGCCAGUGGCCACCUGACACUGCCACCGAGCCACCCUGCCAGGGGCUGCUUCCCGCUCUGGGUGGGCAAUGUCACGCCCCAAAUCAGCGAGAAGGUGCUGCGUCGUGCCUUUGGCCGGUUUGGUGAGAUUUGCUCCAUGCGGCUGCUUCCAGGACGCCACUGUGCCUUCAUCAACUUCUCYGGGAGGGCGGCGGCUGAGGAGGCUUACAGGGCCAUGCAGGGUGCCAUCGUGGAGGGCAGCGAGUUGUUGCUGCAACUCAAGCACCCGGUCCACGCCACCCCAGCCCCGCUGCCCCGUGCCAAGGGCAGGGCCACCCCCGGGCCAAUGCUCAGUUGACCCCGCUCUGCUGGGGGGGCUGCCAGGGCYCCCCUUCACCUGCCUGUACCUGCCUGUGCCUUGUCCCCCACUGCCAGGGGUGGGAGUGUCUCCCCCUCCUGCCUUGGGGGUGCUGGGGGUCCGGGCCCACCCUGCAGCCCCUUGGGCUGGGGAGGUGGGCCCUGGCUGUUCUCUGCAGCCCCUCAGGGAUUUGUACCAAUUUCAGUAUUUUAAUAAAGCUGAGAUGUGUUUUUCUGUCUGGCCUUCCUUUGGGCUG